AUGAAAAUCCGGAUUCCUAGUCUGUAUAUUGAGCAAACAAAAUCCGCGUUUGCAGAAGGCAAUGCGAGAUGGACAAACCAUGACCUAGAUCCAAUCCCUCAUCAUUUACGCAAAUGGGGAGUCUGGAGUUUUAUUGCGUACUGGAUCUCGGACGCCUUCAACGUGGGGGCCUGGCAAUUCUCUGGCAGCGUCAUCGCUGUUGGAUUGUCGUGGAAAGAAUCUUUAGCAAUUUCUGCACUUGGCUACUUUAUCAUAUCAUUUGUGAUUGCUUUGAAUGGGGCAACGGGCGUCAUACACCAUGCUCCCUUUCCCGUUAUCGCAAGGGCGAGUUGGGGCUUUUGGGGCUCCUAUGUUGCCGUAAUUUCAAGGCUUAUCCUCGCUUUAUUUUGGUUUUCGAUCAACAACAUGAAUGGGGGAAAUGCAAUUCGGAACAUGAUUGGCGCAAUCUGGCCGACUUUUCUCGAUUUGAAAAAUGAUAUUCCCGAGGAACAAGGAAUCACCACAAAUGGAAUGAUUAGCUACAUUAUAUUCUUCUUGUUGCAAUUCCCUUUCCUUUGCUUUCAUCCUAAUAAACUUCGAUGGUUGUUUGUAGCCAAAUCGACAGUGGUUCCAAUCGCUUGGGUUGCAAUGCUUAUUUGGGCUUUUAAAUCAACGGGUGGAGGAGAAAUAUUUAAACACCGUGCUUCCGUUACCGGAUCGGAGUAUAAGUGGGCCUUUCUCUCUAGCUUGACUUCUGCUAUUGGAAGUUACUCAACGUUGAGUGUUAAUCAAGCCGAUUUUUCUCGCUACUCACGAGUCAGCGUCAAGUGGCAGGCGAUGUACAUCCCAUUGCUACCGGCUAUCUUCACGUUUGUGUCUUUCAUUGGAACAGCUGUUUCGUCCGCCGGCCAGGCAAAAUAUGGUGGGGAUAUUCCCUGGGACCCAAAUACCUUAAUUUCUCUUUGGGAAAAUAGAGCAUGUCGCUUUUUUGCCGGGUUUUCGCUCGUCCUGGCGUCGAUUGGCUUGAACAUCUCUGCCAAUUCUCUGUCUGCGGCAAAUGACCUUACGGCCCUUGCACCCCGGUUUAUUAACAUCCGCCGUGGUCAAUUACUGUGUGGUUUUAUAUCAUGGCUUAUUAUGCCUUGGAAGAUUCUCAAGUCGGCAAAAGUGUUUUUAAACUUUAUGUCUGCAUAUGCGAUUUUCUUGGGACCAAUCGCUGGUAUUAUGCUAGCUGACUUUUGGGUGGUCAAAUGUCAGAAAUACGAUUGCAUGGCACUGUAUCACCCCAGGGGUAUUUACAGAUACUCUAAUGGGGUUAACUGGAGAGCCAUUGUAGCUUUCGUAGCGGGUGUGGCGCCCAGCUUGCCAGGCCUAAUCAAUUCGGUAAACGACGAAAUCAACGUCGGAACGGGUGUUUAUCCAUACAAAGUUGGAUGGUUUUUGGGCAUUGCAGGGACGAGCACCUUGUAUAUAGCCCUAUCUCGCCUCUUUCCCGCCCCAGAGACCCUCAUAGCUGAGGAGGUGCUUCCCGAUCAAGUUUACAUCCAGCGCUCUGAAAACAGCAACACCGCCGUAAAUUUCAGCCGGGAGCAGCUGAAAAGUGAGGUUUCGAGCAACAUCGUGCACGAAGCAAAAAAUGACGCGACCUAG